AUGCCCUAUGGAUUUGGAGAAAAGGGCAUGCUUGGUUUAUAUUCCACAAAUGAACACACCGAAGAAGAAAUUAUUGAUCAAUUAAAAAAAUUUAAAAUCCCUUAUUAUACAGAGGUUACCGAGGCUGUUGUUUUGACCGAAAGUGGAAAUGAUGAGUCUGAUGAAUCUUAUAAGGGUAUUUUUAUUGAUCGAAAAACAGGGGACUUUAAAAUCCUAACAGGUCGUUUUCCAGAUAAAAAAGCUAUGAUAAACAAAUAUGGCACUCUUGGAAAAGAUUAUAUUGCACGUAAGGUUUUUGAGAAGCCAGUUUUUGAUUGGAUUCUAAAUAAUGCAAAAUCUUCUCUUGAUUCAUAUUUGAUGUUUUCUACUGCUUUUAGUAAAUGGAGACAUAAUUCAAUCUUAGAUAAAUAUUAUAUAAAGUUGAUAAACGAUAUGCCACAAUUAUUUAAAAAUGUUAGAGCCCAGGAUAGAAUUGGUGGGGAUAAUAAAUCCAAACACGCAGAUAAAGAAGCUAUUGAAUUAGAUGAGGCAGAUUAUAUUGGAAACUAUAAUGAUAUAAACAAUGGUAAAAUAUAUUUGGUUGUUUAUGGUGAAAACGGCAAUAUUUUAGCUGAUUUUACUGAUAGUGCACCAAUAAAAUAUUCAUAUAAUCAAUAUAAUUUUGAAAGUGUUGAAUUAUUUAAAUGGCUACAAAGAGCCGUUGAUCAAGUUGAAGAAGAAACGGGUGAAACAGUAACAGGAGUGGCAGUAAAAACCAAGAAAAAAGAUCCGUCUCCAAAAAUAUAUUCACGUAAUCAAAUUGAAAAAGGUUAUACAAAAAGUGUUGGAAAAUCCUGGAGUGAUAAUCGAGCUUUUCAACAAACAUUAGAAGACCCAACAAGUGAAAAAUUCGACACCCUCGUUUAUUGUAAAGACGAACAAGGUAGAAGAAUAAUUCCAAAACCUUAUCCAAUAUAUAUAAAUCAUGUUAUCGAGAAAGGUAAUGGUAUAGAUGAUCGUCAAGUUUGGAUUUCUGCAUUGCAAGCGUUGAAUACUGUAUAUGGGGAACCAGAAAACACAGUAGAAGCUCAAAUAUAUGGACCUGCUGCACAUGAACAAGUAUAUGUUCAAGACGCACAAGGUAAAGAAUAUUAUUCAAAUCGUGGCGAAGUAUAUAAAAACGUACACAAUAUGGAACCAGGACAAGACAAGCCAUUCUUAACAAAAAGUGGAAACAUAGCUCACCCAGAAUGGAAGAACACAUUUGGAAAAGAUGAUAUUGAAGAAGUACUAAUAAACAAACCAAUUAGUGCAGAUGUUGAAUUGGAAGAUUUUAUGUUACCAGAAAUUGAAGCUGCCGCAGAAAGAAUUAAAGCACGCAAUCCGGGUAAAAAAGUCUUUGUUCAAGUAAAUGACGAAGAACCAACAGAAUACAUCGACAUAGAAGAACCACAAGCAUAA